AUUGCGCAAGCCACACAGCGUAGAGUAUUUACCACGCGCGCCUCUCGGGUCACGUGGUAUACAUUUCGAAACGCCGCGAGCCGAGCUGAGUCGAGGGCGCGAGCGGUGGCGUGAUUGGUCCACUGCGUUUCGCUCUGCUCUACUCCGCGUUCGAGCCGGGGAAAAUUAUCAUUACCGUUAUCAUUAUCGACCCUCGUGGUAGCGCUCGCUCUUACGCACUAACAGGCGCUUCCUGCUUCCGCGCGAGUAAUAAAAAGAGACAGACAGAGAGAAAUAGAGAGAGAGAGAGCUCGCGCAGCGUCCAAUGGAGCCGUAUAACUAACUAACAUCUCGGUUAUUCAUUAACCCGUGACCGGCGCAACAAACCCGGUACAUAAGGCAUGCGAAGCGGCGUGGAGGCCGGAGGCUACCGGGGAACGUCAGUGCAGGAAGGUGAUCACUGGACAACGAUCUCAACCUACGCACUUUUUUUUCUGAGCCGUGUAACACGAUCCCUCAGCUCCAGAGACCUUUAAAUACAUUUUUAGGGUCCACGUGGUGUAAAGUGAGCCAGUACAACUGUCCAGAGCUGCUCGGGACAGUCCUGCCAAGUAAGUGCCCUUCUUUUCUUUUUUUUCCCCCCACACCGAAAGAGAAGAGGGACGUGGAACGGUUCUCCUGUUCUCCUCGGACGUUCAGAUCUUCUUCCCCUGACUUAAACAUUGCAUUGAAGUUCUUAUAGGUUUCCGCUAACCGGAUUGUGAAAUGUACCCUCCUCUUAUCGGUCGGCCUUAAAAAAAAAAGAACAAGAAGGAGCGGCUGUGGUGAAUGGGGAACAUAAUUUGUAUGCUACCGAAGUUCAGGCAGGAUCUUAUGCAAAGCCUGGAGAAGGCUAAAGCACCUGCCUCUUUUACUCAACCUGUAGAGCGCGAAUUAUAAAUCAAGGAGCCGAGGAUCCACAUCUUGGAUGGGAUAGCUCGACACCAUAGAGCAGAUCGUGAAGCACCGAUCGAAACUUAGCACUGAUUUAAAAAAGUCCUUUGUUUCUUCUGAUACGACUCACGACUUCAAGGCUUCCGCAUGGUCCUCUGGUCGAAAGAGCAAGACAAACUGCCCGACAUGUCCGCGGGGACGGAAAUCAUAGAGGUGAAGAAGGACUUCAUCUCUUCGAAUGGCUCGGUCCACCCGGUCAUCCUGGCCGAGGGGUCUGAGGAGAGGCAGCCAAGCGGCGGCGAGUAUGAGCUCACCGAGGUGACGUCUUUGCCUGAGAGACCCGAGGCGGAAAACGAGCGGACGGAGAUGGUGGUGAUCGACUGUCACGCCAACGCCAAGGGUCAGCGGGAGGAGGACGCUCUGCUGGAGAACGGCAGCCAAAGCAACGAGAGCGACGACACAUGCACGGACCAAAGCCCAGUGCCUCCGGUUCCUCUAAAGGAGACGUCUUUUUCCAUAGGACUGCAAGUCGUGUUCCCUUUCCUGCUGGCCGGGUUCGGGACGGUGGCCGCCGGUAUGGUCCUUGACAUCGUUCAACAUUGGAAGGUGUUCUCCGAGGUGAACGAGGUCUUUAUCCUGGUGCCUGCUCUUCUGGGCCUGAAGGGGAACUUGGAGAUGACACUGGCCUCCAGACUGUCCACCGCAGCUAAUAUUGGACAGAUGGACACAGCCAAGGAGAUGUGGAAAAUGAUCGUGGGAAACCUCGCACUAAUUCAGGUUCAAGCCACUGUGGUCGGGUUCCUAGCCUCCAUCGCGGCGGUCAUUUUUGGCUGGAUCCCAGAGGGCCAGUUCAAGAUAGGUCAUGCUGUUCUGCUCUGUGCAAGCAGCGUAGCUACAGCCUUUAUUGCUUCCCUGCUGCUAGGUCUUAUCAUGAUUGGCGUGAUCAUUGGCUCCAGAAAGGUUGGCAUUAACCCAGACAACGUGGCCACACCUAUCGCUGCCAGCCUCGGAGACUUGAUUACUCUGGCUCUACUGUCUGGCAUCAGCACAGGACUCUACCAGGAGCUGGAUUAUAACGAUUAUGCCAACCCGCUAGUCUGCGUGUUUUUCAUCGCCUUGACGCCUAUCUGGAUCCUGAUCGCCCGGCGAAUCCCCUCCACCCGAGAAGUGCUCUACUCAGGGUGGGAGCCUGUGAUUAUCGCCAUGGCGAUCAGCAGUGUUGGAGGCCUCAUCCUGGACAAAACUGUGUCCAAUCCCAACUACGCUGGAAUGGCGGUGUUUACGCCAGUCAUCAAUGGCGUGGCGGGUAAUCUGGUGGCGGUGCAGGCCAGUCGCAUCUCCACAUACCUGCACAUGAAUGGCCUCCCCAUCGCCGAGCCGAAUCCACCUCCACGGAAAUGUCCCACAGUCUGCAACACGUUCUUUGGCUCAGGCGUGAAUUCUCGUUCCGCCCGAGUGCUCUUCCUCCUGGUGGCUCCCGGUCACCUUGUUUUCCUGUACACCAUCAGCUUAAUGCGGGCCGGACACACCACCCUCACCUACGUCUUCAUCGCUUUCUACCUGACCGCUGCCUUACUCCAGGUGAUGAUCCUGCUGUAUCUGGCUGACUGGAUGGUGCAGUGGAUGUGGAAGAGAGGAAUGGAUCCCGAUAACUUUUCCAUUCCCUACCUAACGGCCCUCGGCGACUUGCUAGGCACGGGCUUCCUGGCUCUGUGCUUCCAUAUCCUGUGGAUGAUCGGCGAUAGGGACACAGACGUGGGAGACUGAACGGCUUUGCCGAACCCCCACGGAAACCUCACAAGCCUUUAUUUAUCAAAAAAAUCCGAUCUGUGAAAUUAUGGCUACAAUCGCCACUAUGAUUAUAAUAAUAACUCAUAAUACUAUUGCUGUAGUAGUGGUAUGUAAUGAUUAUUACAUUAUGGCUUAUCUUCUCGUGGGAGAACAAGAAUCCUCAUUAUUUUUCAAUGGGGAUGUUCAGCCGCCUUUUUUUUUACGCUCAGAGGUGUUGGCAGCAACGUGGUGGGGUUUAAAAGGAAAGGUCGACUCAAACUCGACGUUUUCUUGAAAAUUAGGACGCUCAGACACCAAGUGCUCUAUGUGUAAGUGAUAUAAAUGAAGCAAUUAGUGGAAGUUUCCAGACCACAGCAAAGUGACCUUGAGUAUGCGUUGAUUACCUCUUUUAAGUUCCUCAUUAAUCACUGAAAAGUUGGAAAACUGGAACGUUUUUUUUUAAUUCUCCGAGCGACAAGCAAGUGCUCUUAGCUCACAGACGAUGGAACGAAUCAGCUUUCGUGUUCCAAAUGGUAAACGUUUGUGAAUGGUUUUCAUGCAAAUGUGCGAUGAAACAAUUUAGUCGCUCAUUAUUUUGGUUGGCAAAACACGCAGCAAGAAGUCGGAAUUACAGACCCAGCAGUUUAAUCUAAAAUCAGAUUGAAUUCAGAUAUACCACAGUGUACACUGCCCCCCCAACGUGGAUUAUGAAACAGGAUCAAAAUGAUUCAAGACUGCUGGUAAUAAUAUCUCCUCCUGCACUGUAUGAUUAGAGAAAUAAAUGUGGUUAUGCACUUCACUUUCAGGCAGAGUCAGAGGAAAGUGAGCAGAUCAAGUAACGCUGUGCUUCCCCCCUCCCCCGAUUCUUUGCGAGCAACGUUUUUUUCCUAUUAAACUGUCUUUUUAAUAACCGUGCUACGAAGCUUAAAAGGGCUAUUUUGUAAUGCAGAUCUGCUGCAUGAUGGGAUGGGAUUGGAUGGGAUUUCGGAAAAAGAAAUGCUGGCUUUCUCAGAGAUGAGCCGAAAGGGUUUCGAGCCCACAUUUGACUUAAAGACGUUAAUACGUUCAUGACUACAACUCCAGGAUGAAGAUUAUAACUGUAUGUUUUUUGUUUGUUUUUUGUAAUAUUAUUAUGCGAAUACCACCCUAUGAAAACUUGAACUCGUUAAUGGUUUGCCUUAUAAGAGCAGAUAAUCUUCGGUACUAGGCUUUAGAACAGGGAUCCCUUUAACGUCUUUUAAUCACUUAGUUAAUACACGUACACAGAGGUGCCAACAUUUAAUUUGAUCGUUUCGUUUUUGAACCCGCGCUCCGGCAAUAUGGAUACUUAAAAAAAUUAAUAAAUCACCGAAGGGGAAAGGACACAGGAUGUGAACGAGGCUCGUUUGCUGCUUCUGGUUGUAGUUUCUUUUACCCUUGUGCCAACUUUAACUUGGUGGACUUUAGUCUGUGAAUUCGCAAAACUUUCUGUUGGCUUUGCGAACAGUAUAAAACAAGUGGGCGGGGCUGCGGUCUCUGGUCGGUAAAAGCGCAGCAUGCAAUGUGCUGUUAAUCGUUUAUGACAUGAUACACUAGAUCACCUGAUACCGUAGCAGGGCCGAUCCGCCUUCGACAGCCGUAGUCCGUAGUUUCUUUCUUUUUUUUUACCUGAUCCGGUCUGAUUAGAGAACUGACAAAAGUCAGUCAUGAGUGAGUCAUGACAGAUGCCCGUGAUUGGCUAGUGUGACAGAGGAGAGAGAGUAACGCCUCUUUUAGAAAACGUUUUUGGCACAAUGUACAAAUGAAGCCGACUAGCUGAAGUAAACGUUUGGCCUUGAUGGUUUUUCGAUCUUCACUCCUGUCUUGCUUUCAUUAAGACUCUGUCUCGGAGUCCAUCUCGUCUAGCCCUGGUCUUGGGACUCCUUGCAUUCUUGACUAUCCAUGGAACUAUUUAAAAAGUGGUUCCAUGAGGCACCACUAUGAAACAAUAAACUAUGAAAUAAGCGAAUCGUUAAUGCUUAAGCAUUUAAAGGUACCGGAUCUCACCAUCCUGUCAUGUUAGCUGUUUAUCUGAACCUUUAAUCGAAAAAUUUUAUGUAACAGGACCUUUACACUUUUGUAGUUGAAUGCCUGUUAUCUAGCAGUGUUGGAACCUCUGUGUAGACACACACACACACACACACACACACACACACAGAGUCACUUGUAACCCCCUUGACUUCACUUGUUUUAAGUGGAGGGUCUGUCUUUGCUUUAUGUUAUGCUUCAUGCUACAAUGGGGCCAGCAGAAUGGAUUGUGCUGAGCACAGAACAUUUCAAAACAAACAAACGAAAAAAAAAGCACUGUGCGUAUAAUCGACACGGAUUCCCUUCACACUGUAAAAGUCGUCUCACGACAUCCGAACGGUUCACUGUGCGAAGCGUACUGAAAUCGAGGGAGCACAAAUUUAAUUAAUAAGACUCCCACAGUCUCGCGUAUCACACGCACAUACGCAAAAAAACGUGUCGCGAUGUCCAGACGCGUCCAGCUGUCCUGAAGUCGUCUCGCCGUGCAGCUCGCGCCACCGCCGUUCCCAUUACAGCCCUCUGGUUGUGAAUACUUCUUCAGGGUAUGGGAUUGCUCUGUUUAUUUAUUUCUAGAGAUGCAUACAAAGCAAAAAUGUGUAUAUAUAAUAUAUUUAUUCUAUAUAAGGUUUUAUUUUUAAUUUUAUUCAAUGUCUGUUUUUUUUUUUUUUUUGCAUUUUUUGGGCCAGAGAGAUGUAAUUUACUGUAUUUUUUUUUUUUUUUACUUAACAUAUCAGAUGUCGGUGCCUAAUAUUUUAUGAAACCUCACACUCAAGCUGGUUCAGUAGCAGACUGAACGUCGUAGGCCUUAACUGCAGCAUGGCUCAACACCAAC